GUUGCUGUGUUUGUGGAAGGUGUUCCUUCUGCUUCUCAGUGCGGGAAUUUCGGAGUGUUGUGGUCGUCAGGAAGGAAAAUAGGAAGAGCUCAGAGUCUUGGUUUAUUCCGGAUACUAUAAGUUUUGGUACCUUGAGAGAUGCCCCCGAAAGGCAAGGUGGCGGGGAAGGGCAAGGCCCCGGCGAAGAGAAGAGUGGCCGAGCGGUUUCCCCCGGGGGAGGUGCUGGCCGACACGGCGAAGAAGCAGUGGAAGCUGGGCGGGCCCGUGGGCGAGGGGGGGUUCGGGGUGCUGUACCUGGCUGAUGAGAGUUCUAAAGCAGUUGGGAGUGAUGCACCUUAUGUCAUUAAAGUGGAGCCAAGUGACAACGGACCUCUUUUUUCCGAGCUGAAGUUCUACAUGAGAGCUGCUAAACCAGAACUAAUUCAGAGCUGGGUGAGGUCUCACAAGCUGAAAUAUUUAGGAGUCCCGGCGUACUGGGGAUCAGGACUGCACACAAAGGGAGGGAAGAGAUAUAGGUUCAUGGUUAUGGACCGAUUUGGUACAGACCUGCAAAAAAUCUUUGAAGAAAAUGGAAAGCAGUUUUCUCGAAAAACAGUCCUGCAGCUUGGACUGAGGCUUCUCGACAUCCUGGAGUACAUCCAUGAGCACGAGUAUGUGCAUGCAGAUAUCAAGGCCUCGAACCUUCUUCUUAGCUACAAACACCCCAAUCAGGUUUACUUAGUAGAUUAUGGACUGGCCUAUAGGUAUUGUCCAGAGGGGAACAUAAAAGACUAUAAAGAAGAUCCAAAGAGGUGUCAUGAUGGGACCAUUGAGUUCACCAGCAUUGAUGCACACAGAGGAGCAGCUCCCUCUAGGAGAGGAGACAUUGAGAUCCUGGCGUACUGUAUGAUACAGUGGUUGUGUGGCCGCUUGCCUUGGGAGGAUAAUCUGCAAGACCCCAACUACGUUCGAGACGCAAAACUCAGGUGCAGAGAGAACAUUUCAGAUUUUAUUUCAAACUGUUUUUCAACCAAGGAAAAGCCAGAUGAAAUGAUAAAGUUCAUGGAAGAAGUGAAGUCCUUGGGAUACACUGACAGACCACCCUACCAGAAAUUGCGUGUCAUACUUCAGGCGGGUCUGAAAUCCAUAGGCUCUAGCGAUGAUGACAAACUGGACUUCUCCGUAUCUGCCAAUGGUCCGGCUUCAUCCCUGGGCAAGAAGCCCACCAAGAGAAAGAGUGCGCAGGAGCGAGAGGCAUCUGUGGAAGAGGCAGCAAGUGUUCCAGCAAGGAAGAAAGCAAAAUCCCCCACGAAAAAAGAUGGAAGUAUGUUGAAACGAAAGCCGUCUCCCAGAAAGAAGCUUGUGGAGAUGGGCACUCAGACCUCCCCAAGUAUUGAAAGAGGAAGAGGAAGAGGGCGGCCGAAGAAGAAUGCCUGAGACCAGCUUUUCUGUAGUUUUGACAUAUGUUUUAGAGUAAUGCACUUGUCUCGAAUGUCUUUGUUUUAAACUUUGCUCUGUCCCUUGGAAAAUAGUUUUCAAAUUUGGGGAUACUUUAUACGUUGAUAAUUUUUUUUUUAAUGUGCAGCAUUCUAAAUUUCUUAAUAAAUAACUUCAGAAAAGGC